CAUUUCUGAAUUUUAAUAACCAGGUAGACAGUUUGACCCAUGAAUUUAUUAAAUUAUAAUUUACUGUUAUGUAUAGAUGAACCAGAGAAAUCAGAUUGGUUCUGCAGCCUCGCAAUCCCACAAUGCAUUUCACUUCCUGGAUACCGAUGACAACGCGCUGUAACCAAGCAUGGCGGUGUUGUGUUGUCUUAUUAUUCUGACAUAUUUAGAAACCGCGCUCUGCAUUGAAGACACGAACACUACAGGAAACAUUAAUGUAACACUCGGAGACACAAACGACACGUCUUCUGGUCGAGAUGAAUCGCUUAAUUUCACGGAGCCAGGAGUCAGUUCUACUCCGUCUAAUUCCCCCUCUCCAACAGCCUGGACGCCCGAAUCCGUGACCGCAUUCCCCGAACAGACCGAGUCCUCGGAGAGCUUCAUCCCCAACGCGACCCCCGAAUCCCCGCGAGCCGCCGCAACAGCACCGCCUCUGCUCGUGUCCGGUGCCCUCCCUGCCCCGCUUACCGAUGUCGUUAAGCUGUGUCCGUGCAACCUGCAGAAUGAGCAGUGCGACAUCAACUGCUGCUGUGAUCCAGACUGCACCGAGGAGCUGUCUCUCUUCACCGACUGCUCAGUAGACAGAGUCAGUAAUGACCCCAGACUGUGCAACCAGGAAUCAGCCGUCUAUUCCCUGAGCUCUACACAAGAAGGUUUAUCUCAAGUUCAGUCCACUGUCCAGCGAGAGGUCAACCCUGAUGUCUUCUGCAUUCAGUCUGCUAACUAUGAAGAAGGCUUGACAUUUGCAACACCAGAAGUUCCUACUGAGGAGAAUUUUGACUCACUUUUUGGCCGAUUUUUGGGAUUCUUCUUUGGCCGUCAGAGCAUGACCAGUGCACCUCAAAGUCCUGAUGUGGCAAAUUCACCAGGAUAUCAGUAUGGAGAUGUCAUUCAAAUCGUGAAUGAGGAGGGGGAGCAGGAGUUUUUCACCUUUCCUGCCGCCGCGGGCACAGCUCACUGCUUAGACGCAAACCCUGCAGGUUUUCUGAAGGACCAGACAAGCAGAUGUAUGAGGAACUUUGAGUUGGCGCGUGAUUGUGCAACACUUCAAGCUCUGGGCUUGGGGACUUAUGCUAAUUUCAACAUCCGUUCUGGGAAAAAACAGGAAGCUACAGUCAUUGGAGUAGAAGUGGCAGCCAUUACCCUGCAGUCUUUGGAGGGUACACGGACGCCAGUGGACCCAGCUGACUUUGCAGACUAUUUUCCUGUGGUCCUGGAGUCCGGUGACAUCUGCAACAAUGUUGUUCUGCAGGUGAAAUACACUUUUAGGUACAGUGAAGCUGGGGAAAUCCUGAAUGUGUUGGCAUCGUUUUUGCUGGGAGCCAUUAAAAGUGUCACGGUGCCCAUUCAACAAGAGUUUCAUAUUACAUUCUACAUGCAGGAGAUCUCUAGCACAGCAGGGUUACAGUUUAGUGGCAAUCCUGGCUAUGUGGUGGGACGACCCCUUGUGUCCGGAACAAGAACAGUGGAUGGGAUAGUUCAGUCUGCUGACCCAAAAGGAUCACUUACUAUCCUCCAAAACUCUGUAAAUCAGGAUUGCUUGCUUGGCUCUUCUCAGCGCUCCCCUGUCUUAUUUGGGAUCGACAUGCUAUCAGGCUGCACUCUGAAGCUGUCUGAUGGGGUUAAUUGUUCUCUGAUAUCUGAAGUCAUUUUAUGGGCGCUAAAAGGGCAGAGCUUCCCUGAUCACGUGGCCUCGUUUGGGAACUCCUUGCCUCAGAGCCCCUUGGACUGGGUGCCAAUACAAAACCAAACAAUAACAUCGGGAACACAGGCUUGCAGCAUACCACUGUCUUACCAUCUUGAAGUAAAAUGGACCAAGUAUGGAACCUUGUUGAACCCCCAGGCUCAGAUUGUGAGCGUCAUGGAAACAAUCAUUACUAACACCAGCAGUUUGGCCUUUCUUACCAGUACCAGCGGUCUACUGUCAGUCACAAGCUCAGUGAGUUUUAUUGAUGUGUCUGCACCUGCCAGUCCAGGAUUCAAAGUUCCUCCCACAAUUGAUGCCAAACUGCCCUUUGACUUUUUCUUUCCAUUUGUAUAAUAUAACUUUUCAGUAUCUCUUUUGGCAACAGCAUGCAAGGAAGUCCACUCAUUUUGGAAUGUUUGUCCAUUCUCAGGUCUUUUUUCUUCAGAAAAAAAGUUGUAUAUAGUGUAAAUUGUCUAGUCAUGUUGUAAAUAAUGUGCUGAUUCAUAUUUUUUUUUAAAUAAAGAAUACUUUCAUACCAGUGUA